GGCAGCGCACAUAAAAAGAUCCUCCUGCCCAGACCCUAGAGUGCACAAGUGUCUGCUCUGCUCUUCUAGUGCAGCCGUCGCGAUGUCCUCGACAGCUCGGACUCAGGACCGUCCAGCCACCGUGCUGGGCGCGAUGGAGAUAGGCUGGAGCAUGGACCUGGCAGCCAGCAAGGUCUGCAUGCAAGCCUUCUUGGACCGCGGCUACCGUGAGGUGGACACUGCCUUCAUAUACGGCCAAGGCCAGUCCGAAAGCUUCUUGGGCAGCAUGGACCUGGGGCUAAAAGACGGCAGCAAAGGAGUAAAAAUUGCCACCAAGGCCAUUCCCAUGGAUGGGAAGACCCUCAGUGCUAGCAGUGUCCGGUUCCAGUUGGAGACCUCCCUGAAGAGGCUGCAGUGCAACCGAGUAGAUCUCUUCUAUCUGCAUAUGCCAGACCAUAACACCCCAGUGGAGGAGACGCUGCAGGCCUGCAAUGAGCUGCACAAGGAGGGUAAGUUUGUAGAGCUGGGCCUCUCCAACUACGCCUCCUGGGAAGUAGCUGAAAUCUGCACUCUCUGCACGAACAGUGGCUGGGUCCUCCCCACUGUGUACCAGGGCAUGUACAACGCCAUCACCAGGCAAGUGGAGACGGAGCUGUUCCCCUGCCUACAUCGCUUUGGAUUGCGGUUCUAUGCCUUCAACCCUUUGGCUGGUGGUCUCCUGACUGGCAAAUACAACUAUGAAGAUGAGGACGACAAACAGCCAAGAGGCCGAUUCUUUCAGAGGGAUUUUUCUGAGCACUACCGGAAUCGCGACUGGAAGAAACACCACUUUCAAGCCAUUGAUCUUGUGAAGAAAGCCCUGGUGGAAUGUUAUGGGGCCAGCCCUCCCAGCAUGACCUCAGCAGCCCUCAGGUGGAUGUACCAUCACUCUAAGCUGCAGGGUGCCCAUGGAGACGCUGUUAUCCUGGGCAUGACCAGCCUGGAGCAGCUGCAGCAGAACGUGGCAGCAGCAGAGGAGGGCCCUCUGGAGCCUGGGGUGGUGAAGGCCUUUGACGAUGCCUGGAACCUCGUCGCCCACGAAUGUCCGAGCUACUUCCGCUAGCUCCAGCCCUGGUGGUGGAGAGAGGCCCCCUCACUGAUGCUGGCUGUCCCUAUGCUCUCAGCUCCAUCAGCCAGCCUUUGCCUUAACCUGCUUCAGCCUGAGCCCUGUGUUUCAAAUUGUCCCUGUUCUCUGAAUCCAUGGUUUUCUAGCCUCCUUCCUGGAGGUGAGAUCUCUGGCCCCCUGCCCUGUUGCUCUUUCUGUUGAGAAGGGUGAGGGCCAAGGUCAGCUCAGUCCUGUCCUGUUAGAAUAAAAGCAAAUGUUGCACAAGA